AUGCAACGAGAAAAUGAGGCAUUCCACAACAAACCACAACAACAAGAACAUGAGGCGGUGCAAGCCCGCUUGGCGAAGCAGUCCAAGGAGGCGGCGGAGUACGCGGAGCUGCUGGAGCGGGAGCUUGAGGCGGCUCGGGCGGCGGGGCUGGAGGCGUCGGCAGAGCACGCGGCGCAAGAGCAGGCGCUUGCGGAGGAGCGGCGGGGACGGGCAGAGCUAGAGGCAGCGCUACGGGCGCUGGAGGCGGAGAGGGACGGGCUGAUGGAGGCGCAGGAGGGGCUCGGGCGGGAGCUUGAGGCGGUGCAAGCCCGCUUGGCGAAGCAGUCCAAGGAGGCGGCGGAGUACGCGGAGCUGCUGGAGCGGGAGCUUGAGGCGGCUCGGGCGGCGGGGCUGGAGGCGUCGGCAGAGCACGCGGCGCAAGAGCAGGCGCUUGCGGAGGAGCGGCGGGGACGGGCAGAGCUAGAGGCAGCGCUACGGGCGCUGGAGGCGGAGAGGGACGGGCUGCGGGAGGCGCAGGAGGGGCUCGGGCGGGAGCUUGAGGCGGAGGGGCUCGGGCGGGAGCUUGAGGCGGUGCAAGCCCGCUUGGCGAAGCAGUCCAAGGAGGCGGCGGAGUACGCGGAGCUGCUGGAGCGGGAGCUUGAGGCGGCUCGGGCGGCGGGGCUGGAGGCGUCGGCAGAGCACGCGGCGCAAGAGCAGGCGCUUGCGGAGGAGCGGCGGGGACGGGCAGAGCUAGAGGCAGCGCUACGGGCGCUGGAGGCGGAGAGGGACGGGCUGAUGGAGGCGCAGGAGGGGCUCGGGCGGGAGCUUGAGGCGGUGCAAGCCCGCUUGGCGAAGCAGUCCAAGGAGGCGGCGGAGUACGCGGAGCUGCUGGAGCGGGAGCUUGAGGCGGCUCGGGCGGCGGGGCUGGAGGCGUCGGCAGAGCACGCGGCGCAAGAGCAGGCGCUUGCGGAGGAGCGGCGGGGACGGGCAGAGCUAGAGGCAGCGCUACGGGCGCUGGAGGCGGAGAGGGACGGGCUGCGGGAGGCGCAGGAGGGGCUCGGGCGGGAGCUUGAGGCGGAGGCUAAGCAGAAGGCCAUGGAGGCGAUCAAGACACAGACCGGGAAGCUGGAGGAGGAGAUCGGUACAGUAGAGGCGAUGAUGAGAUCAGAGCAGAACAAGCGAAGGAAUCUGGAGGGGUCGAUCCGGGCGCUGGAGGCGGAGAGGGACGGGCUGCGGGAGGCGCAGGAGGGGCUCGGGCGGGAGCUUGAGGCGGUGCAAGCCCGCUUGGCGAAGCAGUCCAAGGAGGCGGCGGAGUACGCGGAGCUGCUGGAGCGGGAGCUUGAGGCGGCUCGGGCGGCGGGGCUGGAGGCGUCGGCAGAGUACGCGGCGCAAGAGCAGGCACUGCUACAGGAGAAUGGUGCACUUGAGGCGGAGAGGGACGGGCUGCGGGAGGCGCAGGAGGGGCUCGGGCGGGAGCUUGAGGCGGUGCAAGCCCGCUUGGCGAAGCAGUCCAAGGAGGCGGCGGACCCGCUUGGCGAAGCAGUCCAAGGAGGCGGCGGAGUACGCGAGCUGCUGGAGCGGGAGCUUGAGGCGGCUCGGGCGGCGGGGCUGGAGGCGUCGGCAGAGUACGCGGCUCAGGAGGACAUUCUCUUGCGUAGGGCGCUGGAGGCUGAAGCUAGGCUAGAUGCCGCGCGUCACUCCAGGGAGCAGGCCGAGGCUCGCUGGAGAGCCGAGCGAGAGGGCCUGUCAGCGACGGCCCGGCAAGAGGUCGGGGCUUUGCAGGAGGCGCAGCGGAAGGCCAUGGAGGCCAUCAAGGCACAGGCCGGGAAGCUGGAGGAGGAGAUCGGUACAGUAGAGGCGAUGAUGAGAUCAGAGCAGAACAAGCGAAGGGAUCUGGAGGGGUCGAUCCGGGCGCUUGAGGCGGAGAGGGACGGGCUGCGGGAGGCGCAGGAGGGGCUCGGGCGGGAGCUUGAGGCGGUGCAAGCCCGCUUGGCGAAGCAGUCCAAGGAGGCGGCGGAGUACGCGGAGCUGCUGGAGCGGGAGCUUGAGGCGGCUCGGGCGGCGGGGCUGGAGGCGUCGGCAGAGUACGCGGCUCAAGAGGACAUUCUCUCGCGUAGGGCGCUGGAGGCUGAAGCUAGGCUAGAUGCCGCGCGUCACUCCAGGGAGCAGACUGAGGCUCGCUGGAGAGCCGAGCGAGAGGGCCUGUCAGCGACGGCCCGGCAAGAGGUCGGGGCAUUGCAGGAGGCGCAGCGGAAGGCCAUGGAGGCGAUCAAGGCACAGGCCGGGAAGCUGGAGGAGGAGAUCGGUACAGUAGAGGCGAUGAUGCGAUCAGAGCAGAACAAGCAAAGGGAUCUGGAGGGGUCGAUCCGGGCGCUGGAGGCGGAGAGGGACGGGCUGCGGGAGGCGCAGGAGGGGCUCGGGCGGGAGCUUGAGGACAUGCGGAGGAAAGCAGAGGCGCAAGCUAUGGAGGCGGCGGAGUACGCGGAGCUGCUGGAGCGGGAGCUUGAGGCGGCUCGGGCGGCGGGGCUGGAGGCGUCGGCAGAGUACGCGGCGCAAGAGCAGGCACUGCUACAGGAGAGGAGCGCACUUGAGGCGGAGAGGGACGGGCUGCGGGAGGCGCAGGAGGGGCUCGGGCGGGAGCUUGAGGACAUGCGGAGGAAAGCAGAGGCGCAAGCUAUGGAGGCGGCGGAGUACGCGGAGCUGCUGGAGCGGGAGCUUGAGGCGGCUCGGGCGGCGGGGCUGGAGGCGUCGGCAGAGUACGCGGCGCAAGAGCAGGCACUGCUACAGGAGAGGAGCGCACUUGGGACAGAGAGGGACGGGCUGCGGGAGGCGCAGGAGGGGCUCGGGCGGGAGCUUGAGGACACGCGGUGCCAAGAAGAUGGACAUGUGAUGGGGCAAGCAGAUGUACGUGUGUUAGAUCGAGUAAGGCUUGGGGCGGGGUUGAAGGCUUCGCGGGCGUUGUAUUCGGAGGUUGGGCAGAAGCUGGAGGAGAAUAGGAUGGUGUGUGAGAGACGGAAUCUUGUAGAUGUUCAUGGCUUUUUUUCGGAUGCUUCCUUACUUGGAACAUUUCAUGAUUUCGUCAGCAUAACAAGAAUUAUUUCCUCUGAGAUGAUUGAAUUUAAGGUCUGCAUGAAUGACUUGAGUAGAUCUUUUGAGGAUUUGAGGAGCAAACUUCGUUCCCAAACCCAAGAAUCAGAGGAAUAUGCUUCGUUCUUGGAGGCUCAGUUGGAAGAUAGUCAGACAGAAGCUGCAAGUUUGUUUCAGGAAUUGGAAGAACUUCGACUGGCGUUUGAAAAUGAAUCUACUGUCAAAGAGCAGGAGAUUCAACACCUUCAAGGGAUUAUACAACAGCGAGACGCCACCAUCAGAUCAAAGGAAUCAAUAAUUUGUUCAGUGCAGUCCCAGAAAGACUCAUUAGAAAUGAGAUUCAAAACGCAAAAUACUCAGGGCAUGCGUGGCUCAUCAAAUUUCGGUGUUCAGGACAUUGAAAUCCAAGAUGGACAUGCAAAUAGCAGAGAUCUUCAUGAUCAGAUUGCAACCUUGAAGCAGGCUCUCGAAUAUUCUGACCGCAGCAACAAUAUAUUCAUGAAAGAGAUAGAAAAUUACCAGAGACAAUUAUCAGAAAUGAAAUCAGAUAUUGAAGAAAACCUCAGCAAGAUAAAAGAAUCGGAAAGGGAUGCUGAAGAAGCAAGAGAAACCACAAUUGCUGCUCUACAAGCGAAAUCUUUCGCUCAGCACGCUCUUGAUGUGGCCAUUCGUGAGAAUAAUUAUUUUCGAAGCAAAUCAGGAAACACAUUUUCGAAGGUACUUCAAAAAUGUUACGCCAUGAAAGCAUAUGCACAAGAAGCUUUGGAAAUUUUGAAAUGCCCUGAUCAAUUGGAUCUUAUCAAUAUUUUUGAACAGGUAGAUGAUUCGUACUUCGCAGAAACUUUGAUAAUGGAUAUUCCACAUCUUGCUCAUGACUUAGCAGAAACCUCCGAAAACUUGGAUUUCGAAGAAAUAGAGGCAGUAAAGGGCACCAAAUCAAAUUCUCGAACAGCAUCAGAGAUCUCUGAAACUCAUAAUUACGGUGAAUGUCUAUCUCAAGCACUUGGAGUUAUCGAAAAUGUGGAACAUGUCCAGGAAUUCUUAGAAGAAGGAUCAAAACCUGGAACAACGGUUGAAGGUCAAACCCCUUUGAUGAUUCAAAGCAAAGAGAUAUCCGACAACAUCAUCGAAAUAAAGCAAUCAAGAGAAUAUGAGAUUUCAACAGAUCUUUCCGAAUCCAGAAACUGCAGACAUAUUUUGACUCAAAUUUGGAUCUUCGCUCUGGUUACUUUGUCCACUCUUGUACUCUUUUUGAAUUUCGACUACAUGCAUUACAACAGACAUUUUACUCAGAAUCAUUGCGUUCCUGCUCAUAAAAGAGUUGUAUCCAUUCGAGCUCCUUCUAGAUCAAGACGUGACGAUUCCAUAAUGAAAGAGUGCAUCGCGAACAUGAGCCAGAGUUCGAAAAUGAACCAAAUCUCAAUUGGAAUGCAAAACUGUAAUUCGGUCAUUAAGGGCAUCCCUUCAGCUCCAAUCGCAAUGUACUGCAACCCACAACAUAACAAGUCAUGA